CAAGUCAUUAUUCGUCACAUGUCUCGACAUUUUCCUUUCUUCAUAACUUAUUUAGAUAAAUCAUAUCAGUAAUUUCAUGAACACAUAGCUGUGUCUUGACACGUAAAAUAGGAACUGACACUCAAUAAAAAUGACCUACUGUCAAUUCGCAGCGACAGCUGACAGCUCAUAAAUUAGAUAAUGAAUAUUCCGUAUUGUACCCAACAAAACAGCAACUGCCUAGCUGGUUCUAGGUAUUUUGCCGAGGACACUCUCUCAGGUUUCUAGAUUUUAAUAGUUCAUUAUUUUUGUAAUUUGAAAACGGGUAGAUUCAUUGUUUCCGUUUAUUGAUCAGUUUAUGCCGCAACUAUAAUAUAAUAAUGAUAAUAUCCCAUGACAGUUACAGUUGUAAUGUUCGCUGAUCUGAACAAAGACACUUUAACAAUAGCACCAUUGUGGGCUGCAUAUUGAACUGUGAUAUUUUCAAUUGAUAAAAGGUAUCACUACCUUACUCCUUAGACACAAUUGUCUCCGAAUAAUUUGUGAUAUCCGCUCUUGUUACUUAAUGAGCCACAGUGACGUUGUAAAACUAUUUCACAGCUCAUAAAAUGUGAACAACUUCCCCAUAAUUUCUAAUCCGACCUUAUUAUAACGUUCCUUAAACCUUGAUUACCUUCCAUAAUGAAGCACGGAAGAUUCGUCACAAUAACAAGUUAAGUGAUUGAGGAGAUGGUUAUAUCUUUAUGUAUUUAUGAGACGGGACUAUGUCAUGUCCUUUAAAAGCAUUAGAUGGUGUAAAGUGUAAGCGACUCUAUUUCGAGCUGUUUCGUAUGGACUGUGGGAGUCAUGAAUGUUGAAUCUGACCCUUAACUCUGCUCAAUCAAUUUGCAAGGAGCUCAAGCUUUGAUUACGGUCCUCAUCAUAAUAUUAUAUAGUGUGCUUUGUAGCCAUAUAAUAUACAUUUCUCUUGGAAGUUGUGUAAGUGGGUUCUCUUUGUGUCCUGUCCAAUAUCUUUGUUCUGCAUUUAUCAGAUGUGAUUUUGGUCUACGUUUUGCGCAUUUGUACAAAAUACACUGGUUUAGCUUAUUUUCGAGCUACUUUGUACAAGAGUGUGGCAGAUUGAUUUUUACAGUACCAUGUUUUCUCUUACUCUCGUAAUAACAAUCUACCCAUAUUAGCUGAUUAAAAUCAAGUUAAACCCUUCAAAAAUAAUUUUAAACUGGCAUUAAAAGGUGGUACUACGAUGACACUAAACAGUAUCAAUAUGGUAUAACCGGUUGAGCUCUUCUCAGCAACCCUGACAGCUUCCGCCGGUGUCUGGAUUCGUUAUUUGAGUUUAUAAUAAUAUACGUUUUAAAUGUUACGAGUUUGCUGCUCCUUCUAACAAUUUCACGCAUAACUUGAUUCCGUUCCUAUCGUUUUAAGACUUUAAAAUGCCAUCUUUGCUGAUUUCUUGCAAUAUUUCAUUCGACCGCAACCGCGUCAGUUACGUUACUAUUCCUCUCGUUUUUGCUGUGGUACUGGGCCUGGGUUGACUUAUGCUCACAGGCCGGUCGGGUUGAGCUUUGCCACCACGAAGAUGUGACAUUUGAAUAUUCUUAUUAUAAUAUUUGUCAUCAAAUAUAGCAUUUCAGAUUGUUAUAAUUUCAAAUGUGUUAAUAUCUUGAAUCUCAGCAAAUGUCCCACUGCGACGUGACGUGAGGAGGGGUAAAUGGUUGUAAUGCGGCAACUAUCUCUGGAGGACAUCGACAACAUAUCACCUGGGAAACUGAAGGAACUCCGGGAAUGUUUUGACACUUUUGACGACGACCAGAACGGAACGAUUUCUCAAAAGGAAUUCCAGUACGCGCUAACCAAACUCAAUAUUUUCAUCGGAAGUGACGAGGUUCGGGAUCUGUUUUUCGAGUACGACACCAACAACGACAACAUCCUUGACUUUGACGAGUUUAUAAAACUGGUCUCCAAGCUAGACCCCACUGUCUCCCAGGAGAUAGAGAUAAACCAAGCCUUCAAACUGUUCGAUCUGAACCAGGACGGUUAUAUCACCAGACACGAGGUGAAAGAAGCGCUCACCAGGUUCGGAAUCACAGCCUCAGAGGAUGAAAUAGACCUGCUCUUCACCAUGACAGACGACGAUAAAGACGGGAUGAUUAACCACGCGGAGUUCAGGAACAUGUUGUACGACCCACCCUCCGCAAUACAACCAGUAUCAUUGUCGUCGUCAGGACGACAAUCGGGAUCCUUGUCGUCGUCAGGACACCUCUACCCAGACUCACCUGAUCUAAAACACAGAUCAACUGAUCAGAAACAACAGUUGAGGAGGCCAAGUACAAGCUGCCCAUAGGGGUUACCGGACAAUUUUUAAACUUUAUUCUUUGCGUAUUUUACAGGUGCAUGAUGUCAUGAGAGAUCGUACGGUUGCAAUUAUCAGCUCAACGUUUCCUCCAACUCUCCAAGAUAAUGCCACUAAAAGGUUCUGAAAAGCUUUAAGCUUAAUAUAAAUGGUGUUGCACGUGCACCAAGCCUAGGUAUUGCAAAAUAUGAAGCAUUCCGACUAUGUAAUGAGUAUUAGCGUCUUGUCCAUUGCUCCAUUGAAAGUUUGAUUUAAAAUAUGGAUUUUUAAUUUGCUAGCUGGAUACUUUUUUACUUAGGAAUUUUAUGGCUGUUUUACGUACUGCACAUAUUUGAAUCUAUGCUUCAAAUUGAGUUUUGUUUGAGUCAAGAAAUUAAAAACUCCUUUUAAUUUGUGGACAUUCACAUUAAGAGUACUGAUUAAAGCAGUAACCAUAUCACAUCAAAAUAAUUCUCCGACAUUUAUUGAUCGAGCAAGAGAA